AUGGCAACCACUCCACCACCUGCAGAGGUUAGAGGUCAUGACAAGGUGGCUGCUGCUCCUUGGUGGUCACCAGUGAAAGGUGCAGACUGGAGACACCCAGAAGGACCAGAUUCAACCAUAGAGCACAGGAUGAAUCACCCUGUGCUGCAUGUAUCCUGGAGUGAUGCACAGGCGUACUGUCACUGGGCCAAACGCAGACUUCCUACUGAAGCUGAGUGGGAGUUGGCCUGUAGAGGAGGAUUGCAGGAUAGGCUGUACCCAUGGGGAAAUAAACUAAUGCCCAGAGGGCAGCACUAUGCUAACCUGUGGCAAGGAGAUUUCCCUAACCACAACACAGCAGAGGACGGCUAUGCUAACACAUCACCGGUGAUGUCAUUUCCUGUAAAUGGCUUUGGGCUGUAUGACAUGGUGGGAAACGCAUGGGAGUGGACAGCAGACUGGUGGAACGUGCAUCACACUACAGAAGACAAAUACAACCCUAAAGGACCAGAAACAGGGACAGACAGAGUUAAGAAAGGAGGAUCCUACAUGUGCCACAAGUCUUACUGCUACAGAUACAGGUGUGCAGCCCGUAGUCAAAAUACUCCGGACAGUUCUGCCUCUAAUCUGGGCUUCCGCUGCGCCGCUGACGCCGAUUCAUAACCUCAAACAUCAGGUCUAUCACUGUCAUACACUUGAAAUCUAGAAGGAUUUUGUAUUUUAUGAAAAUAAAGCCAUUUGUAAGAGUUUGUUGUUCUUUUAUUUUUUUGUUGUAUAAUUACAGAAUGUGAUUCUAUCCUGAAUUAUUGGAAAAUUGUUCCAAAUCAAAUUUAAAAAUGUGAAAAAAAUAU